CGAAUGUAGAGUUUAAAUGAAUUUAUUAUUUAUUUUCGGUGAAAAGGGUGAAAACUAAAGUGGCGAUUGGAGUCGCGAUUAUUAAAAUGCUUUAAAAUCCGACAAAAAUAACGGGAUUAUUUGUGUUUUCCAUCGACGAAACAGCGAAUCAGUGAUAAAUAAACAGAAUGUGACAAUAAACGCGACAAAUUAAAUCCCAUCUAACGAAAAUACCGGGCUGAAUUCGAACACAAUGCAACGCCAGGACACACAAACCACAAUGGAUGUUGACGAGGCAAAAGAUGAAAAUUUAAAGAAAAUUGUGGAUUCUGUUGUGGCCGGCGUUCCGGAGGAGUUUCUUCUUGGAUCUAUUACCACUAGUGCUGUUGCCAAAGAGGAAAGAUGCAUGCAGAUUCGGAGCAGUGCAAGAGUUUUCAAGAAAAUGAAACUGGAACAGGAACAAGAUAAAAAGCAUGAAGAUUCUUCUGAUCCUUCACUAACCUCCCCAAAUUCAGACCACCCUACAUCAGUUGGUCCUGCAGAAAAAUCUACAGAGCAUGAAGGUAAAGGGCAGCCUGUCAGGAGUAGCACCAGAGUAGUGAAUAAAAAAAUCAAACAGGAUCUGAGCCAAAGCACGACUGUUACUGAAACUAGUAGUAAAGGUAAUAAGACUGAGGUUAAAAGGGACAUAAAAAAAGAAGCUAGAAUAUGGAGUUAUGAAGAUAAGGUAUUGUUUUUUGAAGCCAUAAAUGAGUUUGGGAAAGAUUUUGAAAAUAUACAGCAGUAUAUUAACAGCAAACUCAAGAAAAAGGGGGUACUCGAAGAACAGAUGAGGACAAAGGAACAUGUUCGUUACUUUUACAGUAAAACUUUCCAUGAAAUCUCAAAACAUGUAAAAUUCUCGGAUGGAAUUAAAAAAGUAGUCCAAGAACUCUAUGGAAUUAUAAAUUACGGAGAACUCUAUAAAAAAGUGAGAGGUAUAUCUGACAAAGCUUUCAUUAAGCUGAAUGAAUUGAUUUACAGAGGAGCAACUUGUGUUAGAGUGAAAGGCCAAAAUAAACGGGUGAAAACACCAAUGUGCAGAGCAUUGAUAAAACUUAACCAAUUAGAUGAAAAAUAUGAAGAAGUCAAACUGCCCAACAGAGUUACAGUUGAAUUGAGACCAAAAGAUAUGACUUCAUAUGUAAAAGUUCAAUGUUUGGCUCAGAAUCCUAGAGUUAGGACAACAUUGCCUAUACAAAAAAGGUUAAAUGCUUUAAUUCAGUGUCUCAAUAAAAGAUGGAAAACUGUGGAAGUAUCAACCUAUGAAAAAUCAGCAAUUUCAACUAACCCAAUAACUAACGAUUGUGUACCAUUAAAAGAAGCAGUAGAAGAAAAAGUCAAACUUGUAACGUCUGCUCUAAAAUUAAGUCCUCCGUCAGAGGCUAAAAUCGAUUUACCUUCUAUUAACAUAAGUGAAUAUUUAACGCGACAAACCAUUUGUUUGACAGCUUAUGAGAGUCGUUUAGGAUUGGAUACGUACAGUGAAAUUAAAGAAAUGAUGUCGAAAAAAAAGAAACCUAAAUUAUUAUUGGAUGUCACUGAGCCCAAAGUUGAAAGCUGUGAUACUACUACACUUAAGAUUGAACCAAAAAAGGAAGAAGAAAAUGAGGCUACCAAUUAUUAUGAAAACGAACCAGAUUCUUUACUAGCAGAUGCAGCUCACGACGCUAUAAAUACGAUUUUAUCUUUGCAAAAUUUCGAUCGGCAGCAUUCUGAAACUAGCGAACCUGAAGAUUUGCCAUUGAAAACGGAUAUUAAAACCGAACACGUACAAAAGACUGAAUUGCUAAAAGUAACUGAAGAAGACUUGGAGCAUAUUGAAAGUAUUAAAAGAGGCUGGACUGAAGCAACUAGUGAGAGUUUAACAGUUGGUGAAAUUUAUUUGAUGUAUGGAUCUGAUGCUAAAUUGAUUUUAGAGUAUAGUUGGGGGACGGACGGCGAGGAGCUGGAACGACCGAAAAAAAGUGCUGCAAAUUUUCUUGAAAUGUGGAAUGAUUCUUAUGAAGAAUCGUGGGAACUGAGACAAAAAAACUUAACAUCAUCUCUUUCAAAGCUAUUGUCAUUGGCCAAGCUAAAUUACAGAGAAACUGCUGUUAAGUGUCGAUGUGGUCAUGUAUGCAAUGAAAAGCCUGUAAAAAAUACGUCGCUCGGAAAUUCUAGGGUGAGACGAAACAUGAUAGACACUAAUGGCUCAACGAAUUCUAAUAAGGCAGAAGAUAAUUCUUCAGCAAAUGCUGUAUCUGAAAUGAAAAAUGAAAAAUCUGAAGCUACGAGUGGUUUGUUUAGAACUCCUAUGCAUAUUUUGUCUAAUGGACCAAAUAAUCAAGCACCCACUGUUCAACAGCAACUGAAUUCUAUACAAAAGCUUAAACCAAAAUUUACUAAUAGAAAAGGCAGAAGAUUUAGGCAAAAACCGAUUGUUGUUGAAAGAAAACUUCCAUUGCUUCCAAAUAAUUUAAGCGGACACCAAAUAGUCCGGAUGAGCAUAAAAUCUCAAGAAACCCCCAUAAUCCCCGUAGCAGAAACUAAACUAGAGCCAGAACAAGAUUUCGAUUUGCAAAAAGUAAUCGAUCCCGAAGAUGAACAUUCCAACAUAUCCACGGUACCGUCAAGUCCUUCGAAAAUCUUGCAGGAAGGGGAAAACGAAUGGAUGAACGCAGAAGUUGGAGAUUAUUCUUUGAGCAGCUUACUUGGACACUUGGAGGGUCCUGCAAAGCCUCCAGUAGCAAUGGCUUCUGAAAUAUCGAAUGAAGUAGACGCUCAGCUACGUUGUCUUAUGACUGAGAGCAGUAUGGACUUUGCUGCUAGUUUUGCAGAUUUAGCUGAAAGCGUGGCCAGUACCAGUGAUAGAAAGUUUUAGAGUUUAUACUCGUUUUGCAGAAAUCAUUUAUUUAUAAUUAUUUAUAGUGAAUUUUUGUUUGUUAAAAUUUUCUAGUAUUAAGCAUUCACAAAGGAUUUUUGAGUUUAGUUUACGAUUCACAAAACAUCUCAUUAGCUGUAUACUGUCGUUAUUAAUCAGUGCUAUUUUAUGUUAUUUGUAGUUUAAGUCUCAAACAGCUACCCCAUAUUUAAGAAAUAUUGUCUAAAUCCAUAAAUUGGAUUAUACUCUCUAUCCUCCUGUAUGAUAUUUGUAUGAAGAUUUUACUUCUUUCAUUUAUAGAGAUCUUAUAUUCUUAGCUGUGACAUUUUUGUGAUGUUUGUUUCGACUGUUGUGUUUUUGACUUCCAAAGUUUAUCUUUUCAAUGGAAUUUUUUUACUUUAGUCGCUAAGAAAUAAAAUGAUGUUUUCUAGGUAA